AAGUGAAAAUUCAUUUGACGGCCACGAUGAGCACCGGCGACGAGACGAAGCGGGUGAUUUAUGUGUCUUCGCGGAAGAGCGACCUCGCGCUGUACCAGACGCGCGAAGUCAUAUCGAUGCUCCAGGAGCACUACCCUGAGAUCCGCUUUGAAAUCGGGCUCCAAGACACGGUCGGCGACUCCGUGUUGGACAAACACUUGACGCAAUUGGAUAGUGUUGGAGUGUUCACCAAGAGCUUGGAGGAUGAAUUGCUUGCUGGUCGCAGCAGCUUUGCAGUGCAUUCGUUGAAAGAUAUGCCGACUCAACUCCCACCUGGUCUUGUGCUUGCAGCCAUCUGCAAGCGUGAAAGCCCCGAGGAUGCUGUGAUCAUCCACCCCAAGCACAAAUCUGAGGGUCGUUUGACGUUGCGCCAACUUCCUGAAGGCAGUGUCGUUGGAACCAGUUCUCUUCGUCGUGAAGCGUUGCUGCUUAAGUUGUAUCCCCAUCUAGCCAUUAAGACCAUUCGCGGCAACAUUCAAACGCGGUUGGCGAAACUGGAUGACCACGACGAGUAUGAUGCCAUAAUCGUCGCGGCUGCUGGUUUCCGUCGCGGGGGUCUUGGCAAACGCAUUGAUCAAUUGCUCGACCCAGAAGUGUUUGGGUAUGGUGUUGGCCAAGGUAGCAUUGGUGUCGAGUGCCGGGAGGAUGACGAGGAGAUAUUGGCCAUGCUGGCCAAGAUUGAGCACGAAGAAUCGGCACAAUGCUGCAAGGCAGAGCGCAGCCUCCUACGGUCCAUUGAAGGCGGGUGCCAGAUCUCGAUGGGUGUCAACACGACCCUCGACGACGACACGAUCAAGUUAACUGUGACCCUCCUCUCGAGAGAUGGUAAAGUUAGCAUCACCGAGGCCACUCGUGGAUCUCGCUUCGAAGCGGAGCAGCUUGGGGAAAGCUUGGCCCAUGAACUUCUGAAGAACCCCGAUGCCCGCCCACUCCUCGGCCCGGCAGGACAGAAGCGCGCGCUCACGUAUGGGUACAUGGAAGCCCCUGGUGAUGCCGCAGCUGCCGCAGCGGAAGCAGCCAACUCGAGUCCGUCGAAGAAAGCGUGCAUCCGAGACAAUGAGUAAGUGUAGAAAAUCCAUAGAGUACGGAAGAGCCGUUCGUGGUGAAUUACUUUGAAUACUUGGCAAUGCCAGACGACACGUACGACGUUUCCCAGUUUUGUCCGUCGUAUUGUUGGAUGUCGACGUGUGUGACUGUGCCGGGCGUGAUGCACGCAAUGGUCACGGCGACACCGUCCGGGUUACUGCGGGGGACGUAGAACGGUUGCACGCCACAUAUACGGCAGAACUUGUGCUUUGCCGUGUGCGUGUUGAACGUGUACGUGGUGAGCACCUCCUCUCCUGCCAAUAGUCGAAAAGACGACGAUGGGACGAUCGUAUGCACGUUGCGCUUCAUGGCGCAGAUAGAGCAGUUGCAGUCGAAGGCAACAAGGUGGUCCGGUGCAUCGAAUUCAAACCGGACCGCGCAGCAGUGACAGGAGCCGGCGUGGGUCACCUUGCCGUCCGACAUGGAGAUUCGCGGUGCUGGUCCAGUCGAAAAUGUAAA